AUGGGUACCUUCAAGAAGGAAGCCACUCGUAAAGAGCGGCAGGGGAAGACUGGAGAUGGCAUGGGGAACGUCCGGGUAAAGGGUGAAAACUUUUACAGAGAUGCGAAGAAGUUGAGGACCUUGAAUAUGCUCAAGGAUGGUAAACCCCAACGUAACGCUGAAGGAAAGAUCACCAAGGCUGCUUCGUACCAGUCUCGAGAUGCCCCCGUCGCUAGGAUUGAACCCAACCGUAAAUGGUUUGGAAACACCAGAGUGAUCUCGCAAGAGGCUCUGUCCUCUUUCCGUGAGGCGGUCGCUGAGCGUGCCUCUGAUCCGUAUUCCGUCUUGCUCAAGACCAACAAGCUUCCCAUGAGCCUGAUCAGAGAUGACAAGGGUGUGAAUGGACUGAAGCAGCACCAGGCCAAGAUGGCCAUCGAGACCAACCCCUUCAGUGACACCUUCGGGCCCAAGGCUCAGAGGAAACGUGUCAAGUUGGGUGUCUCGUCGCUUACGGAUCUGGCUGGUGAGACCGCCAAGAUGCACGACGCCUUUGUUGAGAAGUCGGACCAUGCUACUUAUGAAGAUGGUACUAUGGUGGUGAACGGUGAUGAUGUCGCAGUAGAGGAAGACUCUAGUGUCGCACCCAUCGCGAAGGAGGCUGUCUUCCUUAAGGGACAGAGUAAGCGUAUCUGGAACGAGCUCUACAAGGUCAUCGAUUCCUCCGAUGUUGUCAUCCAUCUCCUUGAUGCUCGUGAUCCGGAAGGUACACGGUGCAAGAGUAUUGAGAAGUACAUCCGAGAGGAGGCUCCUCACAAGCACUUGAUUUUCGUCCUGAACAAGUGCGAUCUCGUACCUACAGGUGUGGCGGCUGCUUGGGUUCGCCACCUUUCUAAGGAUUAUCCUACCUUGGCUUUCCAUGCUUCUAUCAACAACUCCUUCGGAAAGGGCUCGUUGAUCCAGCUACUGAGACAAUUUUCUUCUUUGCACUCGGACCGGAAGCAGAUCUCCGUGGGAUUCAUUGGAUACCCCAACACUGGAAAGUCUUCCGUCAUCAACACCUUGCGCAAGAAGAAGGUGUGCACUGUGGCUCCUAUUCCGGGUGAAACCAAGGUGUGGCAGUACGUUACCUUGAUGAAGAGGAUCUACCUCAUCGAUUGCCCUGGUGUUGUUCCUCCAAACCCGAAUGACUCUCCUGAGGAUAUUCUUCUCCGUGGUGUCGUCCGUGUGGAGAACGUAGAGAACCCUGAGCAGUACAUUCCAGCUAUUCUCAAGCGUGUUCAGCCCAAGCAUUUGGAGCGUACCUACGGUAUCAAGCGCACUGACGACCCCAUCGAGUUCCUCAGUCUCCUCGCCCGCAAGGGUGGUCGCCUCCUCCGUGGUGGAGAGCCUGAUCUCGACGGUGUUGCCAAGAUGGUCAUCAACGAUUUCCUCCGUGGAAAGAUCCCUUGGUUCACUGCUCCCCCUCACAACUCUGGCGAGGAGGGCGAGAAGAUCGAAGGUCGUGAAGGUCGCCUCGGUGAAAUGAGCCGCAAGCGGAAGCUUGAUGAGACAGCUCCUGAGGCUGCUGAUACCACAGAAGCGGCUGAGAAGCAAGAGUCUGGCUCGGGAGAUGAGUUCGAGGGCUUUGAUGAGGAAGAUGAUGAUAACGACUCGAUCGCCAAUCUCGAGGUUAGCGACGAGGAGAGCGGAGCAGAGGAAGAUUAA